AUGAGCAAAAUGUUCUCUUUAGAGGAGAACUUUGAUAUUGAUUGUCUUCUAGACACAUAUGGUUCUUCUAAGGAUUUUGACAGUGCUGUAGGAGGGAACAUUGCAAAGCAAACUCAUUUGCAUGAAACAGAAGACUUGGGGAAGUCAGGAGACAUCAAUUCGUUAUGUUCUGGCCACAGGUUGUAUCAACAAAAUAUAGCUGAGGAAGAACUGCUGCUGUCUACAUAUCAACAAGAGCAACAACUACAAUUGUUUUCUCAUUUUCGUACUUUAGAUGAUUUAUAUUUGGAUAUCGUUUCUCCACCAUUUCAAUUGUCUGGCAAAGAAAUUUCAAAGGUUGUUAGCUUUCAAUCUGAAGAUCUGAAGGUUAUCAAAUCAAAGAAGGAAAAGGCAAUAAUAUCUCCUUCGGCAUCACUUAAGAUUCUGAAGAACUAUGGAAACAGGUUCCAACGCUUGAAUGGAGAAAAGAUAAAUUUGCCAGGUAACGAUAUUGUGAGUACUAAGGUGAGUGACCAAAAAUUAUCAGCUGGUGCAAUUAUAAGGUUAGCUGGAGAAAAGUUCAUCCAAUCUUGUUCCCAAAUGGUUGAUGAAGUCUUAGUUGUUGACCAUUCAUAUCCCAAUUCAUUUUUGGGCUUAUCUGAUGAGGAGAUGAAAGAUGUGGAACUUUUACAGUGUCUUCUAGCUUCAGCUGAGAAAGUAGCCCAACAACAGUUUGAUCGUGCAAGCAAGGACCUCAACCAGUGCGAUGACUCGUCCUCUGAUAAAGGUACUCCCAUUCAGAGAUUAGUAUACUAUUUUUCUGAAGCCCUUCGAGAGAAGAUCGAUCGAGAAACAGGAAAAGUCACAUUAAAGGGUUUGGGAAAGAAAUGGUUAUUAGAGCUUGAAGAGGCAAUGAUGAGCCCAAACCCCACUUGCAUUUCUGUUUACCAAAAUGUGCCAUUUGUUCAGGUUAGCGUAUUCACUGGUGUGCAAACUGUAGUUGACAAUGUAGCAAAGGCAAGAAAGGUCCAUGUAAUAUACCUGGAGAUCAGGGGAGGGAUGCACUGUACAGUGUUAAUGUCCACUCUUGCAGCUCGACGCGAAUAUCCCCUUGAGCAUCUCAAGAUAACUGCUAUUGGAACUCGAUCAAAACCAAAAAUUGUGGAGACUGGUAAGCGGUUGAUAAGUUUUGCCCAAUCCAUUAACUUAUCAUUCUCUUUCAAAAUAGUUAUGGUAGCAGACAUGCUAGAUCUCAAUGAGGACCUCUUUGAGUUGGAUUAUGAGGAAGUAGUAGUUGUCUACUCACCAUAUCUGUUAAGGACCAUGAUUUCGUGGCCAGAUCGACUGGAGUGUUUGAUGAAAGUGAUGAGAAAUAUUAAUCCUUGUGUGAUGGUGGUCAUAGAGAGUGAAGCAAACCAUAAUUCACCAAGUUUUGUAAAACGUUUCAUUGAAGCUGUUUUUUUUUAUGGUGCAUUUUUUGAUUCAUUGGAAGACUGCAUGUGUCAUGAUGAACAAAAUAGAAUGAUCGCAGAAUCAAUGUACUUUAGCCCAGCAAUUCGAAACAUUGUGGCAGCUGAAGGAGAGGAGAGGACAAUGCGGCACGUGAAUUUUAACGUCUGGAGGGAUUUUUUUGCCAGAUUUGGGAUGGUGGAGAUGGAUCUGAGCAUGUUAUCCUUGAAUCAAGCAGAUAUGAUGCUUAAGGACUUUGCUUGUGGCAGUUCUUGCACACUUGAUUUGGAUGGGAAAAGCCUAAUAAUUGGGUGGAAAGGAACACCAAUCCAUUCUUUUUCUGCUUGGAAAUUCCUAUGA